CCGCCCUCCCAUUGGUUAUGACGCGCCGCCUGCCGCCCAGAGCUCCGCCCCCUUCCUUCUCUCCGCUGUGUGACAGUCUCCGGCCAUUCGGGGGCAGUGGAGGAGCUGCGUCACCGGCGGUGGCGGGGGAGACCGCGCAUCUCGCCGCCGUCAUGUCUUCCACUCACCCCCGAGUGAAGCGCGGCUCCGUCUCCCCUCCGAACGGCUCAGCCCGCCUCCUGCAGCCCAUCCGGGCCACCGUGCCCUACCAGCUCCUGCACAGCAGCCCCAGCCGCUCCCCGUCCGCCUCCGUGGGGAGCAAUACCGAACCGGGGCCCCCGAGUCCUUCCCCGCCCUCUCCGCUGCUCCCGCAGCCUCACAGCAGCCCCGAGGCGGCCAGGACCCGCAGGAGGAGAAGCACAUCCCCGGACAGGAGGAACGCGGCGUCCCCCGGGAGCAGAGCUGACCGGUCGAGUUCCCAUCACCUCAGAACAUCGAACACAAUCAGGCGGACUUCAUCCUUGGACACCAUAACUGGACCAUACCUGAGCGGACAUUGGCCUCGGGACCCUCAUGUUCACUACCCCUCAUGUAUGAAUGAUAAGGCCACCCAGACGCCUAGCUGCUGGGGAGAAGAGAGCACAGAGAAGAAAAUAAGCCAUCAACGCUCUGCGUCAUGGGGCAGCGCCGACCAGCUUAAAGAGAUCGCCAAGCUGCGACAACAACUCCAGCGAACCAAGAACAGUAGUCGACAUAUCAGGGAGAAGGACAGUUCAUCGCCCCUCCAGGGAAAUCAUAUAGCAAUCAGUCAUACUCAGGCUUCUUCAUCCAGAUCCAUCCCCGUGCCCACAGCAAGUAUCCUGGUACCAAAAUCCACAGGCUCCAGAAUUUCCUGUAAUGUUGAAGGGAUAAGUCCUGAGCUUGAAAAAGUCUUUAUAAAAGAAACAAGUGAGAAGGAUGGAGUCAAGCCUUUGGAAAUCCCAGACGGGCGCAGAGCACCGUUGCCGUCCACCUACCGUAGCAGCAGCACGCGCAGCAUCGACACCCAGACCCCGUCGGUCCAGGAGCGCAGCAGCAGUUGCAGCAGCAGCCAUUCCCCCUGUGUGUCCCCAUCGUGUCCCCCCGAGUCGCAGGAAGGCAGCCCCUGCUCGACAGACGACCUGCUCUUCGACCGGGAUAAAGACAGUGGCAAUAGCUCUCCGCUGCCCAAGUAUGCCUCCUCUCCCAAACCCAACAACAGCUACAUGUUCAAACGGGAGCCCCCCGAGGGAUGCGAGCGGGUCAAGGUCUUUGAGGAAAUGUCGUCCCGUCAGCCGGUCCCUACAGCUCUCCUUUCAUGUCCUGACAAAAACAAAGUUAACUUCAUUCCCACAGGAUCGGCAUUCUGUCCUGUAAAACUAUUGGGCUCUUUGCUCAUAGCGUCAGACCUAACCCUGAAGACCCUUCCUAACCCCGCCCAAAGCUCCGCCGUGAGCGCCGUGACUAUCGAGCACCUCUCAUCUCAGGUCUCUUCUUCUUCCCUGACCGAUAACGCCACCAGCAAAGUAGACAACACUGAAACCAAUGGCCACGCCUCCUCGCAGGAUCAGCAGAACGGGGAGGAGCAGUUGUCGCCAUCUCCUCCCCCCUCUCCUCACAACCACAUUGUAACCUAACGCCCCCGCAGAGCCGGCCUCUGUGACCGUCAACGCUGACUUGAAGCCAGAUUUUUACAACUUCUGCAUGUGGUUUGGUUAACGCUGUCUGAUCAAUAUUAAGAAUUCACCAUUAAAGAAGAAAAAAAAAGUACUGCUUCGCUUAAAUUAUCAUAUCUGCCAAUGUUUAUCCAGGAUCGGGACAACUUUUUUAGUUUUUCCUUUCCCCGCCCACUUUAUUCCCUUCCCAAAGACGAAUUAGCACAAAUUUAGCCAUCUCUACGCGUGGACUCGCUGUGGACUAUGCAUUUCAAGUCUGUCACACCACGUAUAGUUAAAAAAAAAGCUUUCUCUGUUUAACAUUUGAAAUAAGUUUUUUUUAUAUAUCCACAAAAAAUUCAAUUUAUAUUUUGUGUUGUCCAGAGGAUAUAAGCUUUACAUUUCCUCCAGGUUUUUUAUUUUUUGGCAGAUGUAAAUCUU